UCCGCGAUCACCAGCAUGACUUCUGAUUUUGACGGCGAGCCGUUUCAGCACCUCCGCCCAGCGCAGCUCAGCGCCCCCUCCGGCAUCUCCGCCCAGCGCAGCUCAGCGCCCCCUCCGGCGGCACCGCGCUCACCGAGGCCGCCCGCCGCCGCCUCCACCCCGGAACGGCCGCGCGCCGCCUGCGCCUGCCGCACGGGCCCCUUUCGCGGAGGCACCGCGGCGGACGGUGGCCGUGGGGACGUGCGGGGGGCUGCGCUCGCCAUGCCAAAGUUACUGAAAGGCAAAGGAGGAAAGCAGGAGAAGAAAGUCAUCCAUCCUUACAGCAGAAAGGCUGCACAGCUUGCAAGGGAAGCACACAAACAGGAAAAGAAAGAAAAGUUGAAGACUGAAAAAGCUUUACGUCUGAGUAUUAUUGGAGAAAAAUUACAAUGGUUUCAAAGUCACCUUGACCCCAGUAAGACUGACUACACGAAGAAGGAAGCUGGUGAACUCAUUGAAAAUUAUAUGGGUCGAUUUAGUGCUGAAUUGGAGCAGAUUGAGUUACAAAACAGUAUUAAAGGUAGACAAGGAAGACAGCAUGGUUCUCGGGAAACUGUCAUCAGGCAAACCAUAGAACGUGAAAGACAACUCUAUGAAGGCUAUGGAAUAGAAAUCCCAGACAUUGUGAACAGCAAACAUCUUAAAAUUUUCAGAGAAUGGGAUGGUGAUCUGAAGAAACUGCCAAACAUUAAGAUGAGAAAGUUCUCUGCUCAGGAUGCUGCUUGCAGCCACACUGAAGUGGCAGACGUGGAAGCUAAAGAAGAAUUGAAUAAAGCAGAAGACAUGGUUAAUGAGCACCAGCUGAUUCAAAAGUUGAAACGGCUGAAGGGAAUUGUAAGAAACCUAUUUUAAUAAGCACUAGAAACAAGAAUAAAGCCAGUGUUUCCAAUUAUA